AUGUCAAUUACCGACCCAAAUAGCAAGGUCGAGGCCCCGCCACCGAGGCCGUUCAUCGACCCGACAGCCUAUCCACACAUCUACCAACAGAUCCUUGAGGACCCCGCAGUGUACUGGGAGCUUCACGACCUCCGCGUCGUAAGCCGGGCCUUCGCCGACAUGAUCGACGGGAUCCAGUGCACGCACCUGGUCAUACAGAUGACCGAACCGGGGACGAUCACGCGCAAGUCGUACUGGGACGAGGUCAAGAUGCUGGAGGCACACGGUGACGUUAUCCGCUUGCGCGGCGAGGAGUCCUGCGUCGACAUGGCGACCAGCGAGGAAUACCUUGUCCAGCGUCGAAUCACCCUCGACGACAUUACCUGCGCCAUUCGCGGCCGCCAUAUCCCUGUCCUCUGGGCCCUUUGGGAGGACGAGUGGGACUCGGGCAGGCGGCAGCGUGCACUUGGCCUUGUGCGCAGGAACACUAGCACGGUCGAGUUUGGCAUCCACCGUCCUCCAGAACCAUGGGCAGCCUACCAGUUCAGGUAUGUCGGCCCCGACGCUGUCUUCGCACCAGACGGCUGCUUGCGCCAGGUCGUGCACGCCCUCUCGGACAGUGUUCGAGAAGUACGCGGAGAUCGAAACUGGGUCGUGGACACGAUUACACCAAGGCCGGGCAGUCGAGGCAGCAAUCUCGCCGAGUACAUACGUCAACGCCUCCCUCAUACAGCCAUGAUCAUCCACGCAGUGAACGGCUUUUGGCGAGCGGGCGAGUGGGAGAAUCGACCACCAAUGUUCACGCGCGCGCUCGACCUGUCCGUCAAGUACACCUUCCACAUCCACUACACCGAGCCCGAUAACAAGGUCAACAACCCCGGGAUGCUUGACACGCUUAUCGAGACCAUGGCGCAGGGACUUUGGGCACCUUGGACGGUUGUCAUCGCCGACCAGGGAGUCCCGGAUCAGGCAUGGAUCGGCCGCCACCCGCCACGCCUUGCGCCCGUCUAUUGGCGCCUUCAGGAAGCCGUACUCGACUGGGUGAGGGACGUGGGACAACGUACCUCUCCACAGCACUUCGGGUACUCUCCUUAUGUGUUUAUGGCGAGGGUGCGCUCUAUUUUGGUCAUCAGCCCUGAUGAGUACGAGCAACAAGCCAGCAGCCGGGUGCACAAAGAGGUUGACGAAGUCCACCAUUGGUGGCCCGUCUCCAUUCGCGAGCGACAUGAGAUUGAGAAGGGUAAAUGCCGGCGAGAGUUUGAUCGGCGGAGGAGACAACGGGAGGAGGCAGCGGCGAAGGUGUUCGCAUCGAUGGAGUAG